AUGUGUACACCUAUAGAAGAAGAUAAACUAAAUGUUCUAAUAAGAGAGCUCCAAAAUAUUGAAAUUGAAUCAGCUAUUGGGAGGAUUAGGGAACCGUUUGCAACGGAAAUAAUGAAACCUUCAACACAGAUUCUGAGUGGCUUGCAAGAUCUUUUUAAUGAAGAGUUACUUUUAAAAACAUAUGAAGAAAUACUAAAGAUAUCAGAGGCCACAUAUAUUAAUAUAAAUGAAAAUGGUGUGAAGACAAUUGAAAAAGCAACUCGAGGCCAAACUAAAAGCAAUGCCUGGUUUAAGUUUAGGGCUCGCCGAAUCACUGCUUCUAGAGCCAAAUUAGGGAAGCCACCCCUUUCAUUAAUUAAAGGACCAAAGGAAACAUACUCAAACCAAAUGAAGUCUUCAUCUUCGGAGGUUUGGGAUGAGUUAUUCAUCAAUGAAGAUGGAUUUCUAGAGAAAUUUAUAGAAAGCGAGCCAUAUAUGGACAAUGACGAUACUCAAACUCCUUCUACAUUGACAACACCUUCUUCAGGAAGCCAGUCCAGGUUGACUCAACCAACAACUUCUGUUGCACGUUCGAUAGCAACGCCAACUAGGAAAAAAUUAAAGAGAUCACAUAAUUUUACUGCUUGUGAGGUAGCUUUAUUAAUAGCCCAUGUAAAGGAGCGGACAAGUGAAAUUGAAUGCCGUAAAUCCGACACGGAUACUAAUAAAAUAAAAAACGAGGCAUGGGCACAUGUAUGCCAAAAAUUUAAUGCUCACUCAAAACAGAGCAUCUACAGGGACGUAGAUGUUCUGAAAAAUAAAUAUAAUAAUGAGAAAAAGAAAGCAAAAAAGAAGUAUGCUGAUGAAAAGAGGCAUUUGUAUGGUACGGGAGGAGGUCCACCUGAAAUAAUUCAGGAAUCUACCAUAGAUAAAGAUAUUGCCGAGAUAAUAGGCACCCAAAUGACAGGCUUUCCCUCAAAAUACGAUGACGAUUUUUUGGAUGACAACUUUGCUGCUGGUCCCUCAAAGAAACCAAAUGAUUUAAGUAAUAAGGAAAAUAUAGAGUAUAUUACUGUCGAAGCCGAGGAGGAACUCGAAGAAGAAGAAGAGGUCUGCAAAUCCACUAGUGAAUUAUCCAAUGGUAAGGAUAAACGCUGGAUUAAAUGCACACCAUCAAUGUUGAAAAAACCAAUGCCAAUGCCACUUAAAGUUAGCCAAACACCAAAUAUGCGUAGUGAAGAACUGAUAAACAAGCACGUGUUCGUCGUUGUUUACGGAUAG